AUGAGUGAGGUGCUUCUUGUCGUCCCCGCACCGCUGGUAGGGGCAGCAGGUGAGUCGGUGAGCCUUUUUUCCACCUUCUCCUCCCAGGUGGGCAGUGCUGCGUCUACGAGUGCGGGUGGCGCGCCGGACUGCCAUGAGUCACCCGCCGCACUCUCGCUGCUGCAGGAGCAGGAGAGACACCAGCGCGCUGCACUGAUGCUCGAGUUUGAGACGGCUUGCGCGGCAGUGCUCAAGUGGCGCGGCGCGAUGGAGGUGCAUCAGGCAAAGCAGCUGUUGCGCCGCCGCGCUGACGAAGUCUCAAUGCAGGAGGCCGUGCUGCAGCACCGCAUGUUCCGCCUUGCUCACCUGGAGCAGCGCUUCGGUAUGCUUCCUGCUGGUGGUAGCCUCAGCUGCCGCGCGCUGCUGCAGGAUGAGUUCUUUGAGCGGGAGUACGUCGCCCUGCAGCAGACACGGGAGAUGUCCACGAUUUGGCUCGAGUACAUGUCGAUGCGCCUGCGAGUUGACGCGACUGCCGCCGUCACCCCACCUGCGCUCCCGCAGCCCACAUACAUGGCCACAGAUGAACGGUACAAUUCUGUGCGCUCGCGACUCACACGUGUGCGGCGUCAGCUUGCGCACGUCUGCGACGCGGCGGAGGUGCUGAGCUUCACUCUCGACCAUGAGGUGACGCAGGGGCUGCGUGCCACCGUGAGUAGUAGUGACAACAGCAGCAGCAACCACACGACGUACCCCGUUGCGGUGAUGCAGUCUGCAGUGCAGCAGAUUGAUGAACUGCGUGGCCGCCUCUACACGGUGACGGAAAAGCAGCGCGAGACGGAGCAGAUGCUGAGGAGUACCAGGCGAAUGCUCACAGAGGAGAAGGAGCGCGCAGCCCAACUCCAGCGUGUUGCAGACGCAACAGAGGAGGCAGCAGCAGAGGUGGCGUCGCAGUGUCACCUUCGCCUUCCCAAACGUGAGCCACACGUGCAGCACGAUGGGGCCCCGGAGGCUCAGCAGGAAGCCGCUCCAGAGACGUACACGACAAGGGUGUUGCAGGAGCUCCGCCGCACUGCAGUGACACUGGCGAAAGAGGUGGAGUGGCAGGGUGAGAGAAUACAGCGGGAACUGCGGGGACGUGACGCCGUACUUGGAGUGGUGUGCGACAAGGUUGCGCAGUUGUCGGAACUCGUGCAUCAGACCCGGGGCGUGGAUAAGGAAGCGACGAGUGGGAGCGUCAAAAUUGGGAAUAUUGCCGUGGUGCUGGAUGAUGCCAUCGCGGGCCUGCUUUGCUUGAGGAACAAUAAGAGUAGCAUGAAUCAAGUGGGUGCCCAGACGUUGCCUCAGCCUCUACCCGAAAACGCGGAGAUCGCUUCACUGAAAGAGAUGGUGGCGAACAUGCGGGCAACAAUCGAGUUCCUUUCGCGCGAGAAGAGCGAGAAGGAUGUUAACACUAAUAAUGCCUCGUCUGUCAUGCGCCACGUACCGGACACCGACUAUAGCACGGACGUCCUGACGAUGGCGCUGCGCCGUCUCGAGGAGGAGCGGAGUGAGAAGCUCCAACUGGAGCGCGUUCUCGAGGAGCGGCGGGGCCGCCAACCGUCGCGUGGGGGCCCUUCGUCUUUGCUUGGCCCCGCUGCUGCUGCUGGUGAUGCCGGGGUUAGCCACGAGGACACGUUGAUUCAGUCCGUUCACCGUCUCCGGGAGGCCAAUACACUCCUGCAGGACGAACUGAAGCUGGAGCGUGAGGCGGUAGAGUCGUUGCGAGUGAAACUCGGCGAUGCGGAGCGGUUUAUGCGGGAGCUGCAGAAGCAAUGCCGCCGCCUGCGCCAGAGUGGCCGCUUCGACACUUACGAAGUCGUCGAGCAAUCCGGAAGUGACGAGGACGACGACGAUGACGAUGACAGCGGCACCGACAGCGAGGGCGAUGGGGGUGGCGCUCCUGCUCCGAGGGACGGACGCGUGGAAGACGCUCUGGGAGGCGUCCCGUUAAGCAACGAGUGGUGGGCCGGACGCCGCCACCGCAGCAGCAGCAGCAGCAUCAGUGGCAGCAACAACAGCAAGGACAAGGACGAGCUUGCUCCUAGUAACGCCCCCUUCUCCGGUUCGUCGCCGUCGAGUGCCGCCUCGUGUUCGUUGGCGUCGCUGCACCAAAUUGCACAGCCACUCUUCCUGCUGCCGCGGGAGCAGCAGCGCACAUGCCUGCGGGACCAGCGACAGCUUGCGGCGACGCUGCGUGGCGUGCACGGCCUUUUCGUCUGCACGCUCGCCAUGAGCAAGGAGCGGCAUCGGUCUCGGUGUGACUUGCACGACGUCGCGAACGCUUUCGUCGGCUGUGGUGUCUCGCUGCACGCAUUCUUCAGAACCACCGGCCCGUCUGCGCAGCUGGCGCGCCACGUGGCAGUGCUGUACCCGCUCCCGCCCGCGUUGGCACACCGGCUGCCCGCGGCCCAGCUGCUGCAACGCCUCAAACGCUGCCAAACAGCGCCGCACCGCGGCACGAGCAUCAGGAGUAAUGAAAGCGCUGGCGUCGUGCAGCUAUUCGAUCUUCGCGAGGAGCUCCAAUCCGCCGGGAAGUAUCUGCGCGGCUGCAUGGAUCUGUGCCUCUCACAGGACGGCCGGUUUCUCUAUGCGCUGACCUCCGCCGACGCCGAUGCCGUGGCGCGACUGUGCGCACCGGAUUGCCUCGACAUUCCCGCGAAUCGCCGCUUCCGCUUUUGCAGCUCACUUGUGGAAGGGAAGGCGGGCACUGGAGGGAGGAGCAACAGUAACAGCACCGGUGAGGCCGACGGGGCGCUGCCGAUGGACAUGCUGGGCUGGUGCGGGCGUGGUGGAAUCUGCGCGUGGGCGAUGGAAUGCAUGCACUUUGAAACCCCGGCGGAGGAGCUGCGGUUCGAGCGGCACCUGCGCAGCGAGUACCGCCUCGUCAUGCGCUUGACUGCGAAGGAGGUGCGGAGCUUCGUUGGCGGCAGUGUGGAGCUGUUGGGCCUGACGCCUGUCGGCAAGGUGGUGCCGCGACUGUUCAUGUCCGUUGCCGCCUUCGAGGCGCUCACGCCGGGGCACCGUGUGCAGCUGUUGCAGUGGUACGGCGGACAGCAGGGCGUCUCGGUGCUGAGCGUUGGUAACAUAGAGCGUCUGACGGGCGCCCCGCUCCGACGCUUCAUUGCCGUGGUGCAGUGGCACGGCCGCGUGCCGCUGUCCAAAACGCCACCGCAAGAGACACUCAAGCUGUUUGGUAUUCAAAAGAGCUAG